GAUAGUGUAAAUACAUUAUCAGGGACGAGGUGUUGCAACCUUAAGAACACACAUAAAGCACUUGUUCUCUUUUACAGAGUAAUGAGAAGCUGAAAUGAAGAUUCCAACCAUUAACCAACAGUGACAACUGACAUCAGUAAACCAAGACAACAAGUGCAUCAACUGAUAUUACUAAACCAAGACAACAAGUGUGUCAACUGAUAUUACUAAACCAAGACAACAAGUGUGUCAGCUGACAUCAUUGAACCAAGACAACAAGGGUAACAAGUUACUGCCACUGGUGCAGUCAUCAGGAUUGAAAAAGUCUCAGUUACUUCGGUAUUUUGAUAAGGAAACAAUGGCUAGUGCUUCCCUUAAGCGUAAACGAACCGACGUCAGAGAAGGUGGAGCAAAGAAGAGGAAACAUGUGUCCUGCAAUGAUCUUGGAUAUAACAUCACCAGUGAAAUACCAUUUUCACACAUUCUCUUCAACCGAAAGUUCUACGAACAAUUUCCCGCCACUUUCUACUUAGACAACAUUCGUAAUAAUGAUGCUGGAAUUACCAAGGUGAUAGAAGAUAUUCUAUCCAUAGACGUGGGUCAUAGGCACAACAUCACUCUUAAAAUUGCCCUUCAAGUGGCCGGCUUUAAACGUGUAGUUGAGCGUAUUAUUGCUAACUUUAGAAGAUUGUGCAUUAGACACCUGCUGCAGACGUAUUGCAACACCAGUGAAGGUCCGACAUCUGCCGAAAGGUGCCACUUUAGUGUUGAUGAUUUAGCUGCACUGUUGAGGUGUGUGCACCCCUGCCCUCCUGAUGAUCACACUGAAGAAACACUGUUGAGGAGUGCACAGCCUCACCAUACUGUUGAUGACACUCAAGCAACACUGUUGAGGACUGCACAACCUCACCAUACUGUUGAUGACACUCAAGCAACACUGUUGAGGAGUGCACAGCCUCACCAUACUGUUGAUGACACUCAAGAAAUACUGUUUAGCACUGCACAACCUCACCAUACUGUUGAUUACACUCAAGCAACACUGUUGAGGAGUGCACAGCCUCACCAUACUGUUGAUGACACUCAAGCAACACUGUUGAGGAGUGCACAACUUCACCAUACUGUUGAUGACACUCAAGCAACACUGUUGAGGAGUGCACAGCCUCACCAUACUGUUGAUGACACUCAAGCAACACUGUUGAGGAGUGCACAGCCUCACCAUACUGUUGAUGACACUCAAGAAACACUGUUUAGCAGUGCACAGCCUCACCAUACUGUUGAUGACACUCAAGAAACACUGUUUAGCAGUGCACAACCUCACCAUACUGUUGAUGACACUCAAGCAACACUGUUGAGCACUGCACAGCCUCACCAUACUGUUGAUGACACUCAAGAAAACACUGUUUAGCAGUGCACAACCUCGCCAUACUGUUGAUGACACUCAAACACUGUUGAGCAUGCACAAGCCUCACCAUACUGUUGAUGACACUCAAACACUGUUGAGCACUGCACAGCCUCACCAUACUGUUGAUGACACUCAAGAAACACUGUUACAGCAAGAAUUGCAGGGGCUCAAAAACCAGUCUCCUACAAACCCACCACCACUGGGAUGGCAGCAGGUGUUUUCAGUCCUCCUUGCAAUGUUGCGUCGCGUUGUGCCCAGGGAAGUGUGGGGAUCAUUUCAUAACUUCAGGAUGAUGAAGAGGGCUGUGAAGAGAUUUAUAUCUCUGGGUCGCUAUGAUAGCUUCCAUGUUGGACACAUAAUGACCAACAUCAAUUUAAAGGAUUGCAAGUGGGCUUCAUCCCUAAGUAACUUCAGGCUGAAGACGAACGUCAUUGCCAAAUUGUUCGUGUGGGUCAUGUGCCGACUCGUUAUGGUAACAUUGAAUAGUUUUUUCUACUUGACGGAACAUGCCGCCUACCACAACCAGCUUCUGUAUUACCGCAAGAGAGUGUGGCAACAGCAACACGACCGAGGAUUGAAUGCACUAAUGAACAACGACUCUUUGGUGAGGUUUUCCCAAGAAAUAUCCCAGGUGGUAUCCCCUGACGAGCCCGGGCAAAAUAAAUUUCCUCGCAUUAGAUUUAUACCUAAAAAACAAGAUGUAAGGCCCAUUAUGCCACUAGGAAGAGGUGGAAUGUCACUAUCGCUUUUGUUAAAGGCUCGUGUUCUGUUAGGCCAUCUCAGCAAGGCGCACAUGAAAGGAAGUAUGAAAACAAAAUCAUCUUCAGACUUACACAAUGCUUGGUGUAUGUAUACCAAAAAAAUACUUGUCAAGGAAAACAGCAACAACCGUUUGUAUUUUGUGCGGACGGACAUCAGAGAUGCUUAUGGAUCAAUUCUACAUAAUAAAUUAGUAGAUUUACUGCAGCAGUGUAUUGAAAAUUUAGCCCCUACACUGGCAUUUGGCCAGUAUGUAUCAAUGAGGAUGGGUGGCAAGACAGGUAAAAAGAUUACCUACAUACUUCUUGACGGGAAUAAACAGCCCACCACUUCACUCAUACGUGGCGCAGAGAGACUAGUAGAAGUGUACACACCAGUGAUUGUUCAGCCACAGAAAGUUGUUGAAGAAAUUAAACAACUUUUAUGUAAGCUAAUUAUAUCUAAUGGCUCUAAGCUAUUUAGAAUUGUUCGCGGUUUGCCCCAGGGAGGUUCCCUGUCUGCCGCACUCUGUGAGUUCUAUUAUGCAGCAAUGUGUGCAGCUUACUUUUGUCGAUUUAAUCAUGGCAGCAAUGUCCUUUUUCGAGCUGUUGAUGAUUUUCUUUUCAUUUCUGAAGCUCGCAGAGAUGCAGAGCAAUUCAUGGAACAUGUGAAGAGUGGCAUCCCUGAGUUUAAUUGUUCAAUGAACAAAGAGAAAACUCUUCAUAAUCUUGACACACAGAUUGAGCACCGCGUUAGUUUUUGUGGUAUAAUCGUAUGUUUGAAAUCACUCCAACUUCUGGUGAAUACCUCCAGCCUAGCCAUUGGCUAUCCUAAAUAUACGAUGCGCCUAAACACUUACGAAAGCCCUGGAAAAUUUGUGAAGGAAAGGCUUAGGCAGGUAACACUGACACGCCUUCAGCCACUCAUGCUAGAUCCAUCAUACACAAAAACCAAUGGAGUCAUUACCAAUGUAUGGCGCAGUGGUUUUAUGGCUGGAGCUAGGCUGUUGGCUAUGUUGAGCAAUGUUUUGGCACCACGAGGGAAAAUCAAUGCAAAAUUUAUUUCACUUAGUGUUAUUGAAGUAGGACAUAAAGUUUAUAGGAGAAUUCAAUCAGUGUUUCAACGAGAGGAUGUCAACUUAACAGUUCCGAAGGUGGUGAUUUUGAUCACGUAUGACAGGGUUUGUACCAUGAUGAACUGGCCUGGGUUGCCAAAAUGGCCACGAAUAUACAACAAUCUGCGAAGAUUUUUGAAGAGAAUGCUGGUCAAUGUGCCUGGUGAUAUGCGGAGGCUACUCCCAACACUCCUUCAUGAUAACCCAACUCGGUAACCCAUGUUUUGUUGCAGACAUUUUCAUUAUACCACCAGGUAACUAUCUCCUCACCUGUCGCUAGUAGACAGGCGAGGAGAUAGUUACCCUCUGUCACUCUUAAACAUUCUCUGGUAUCACUAUGAAGCUAUGUACCAUGGUAUCUCUCUACUAGUCACUAUCAAGUUCACUCUACUACUCGCUAUCAUGGUAUCAACCUGUUAAGAUCAAGGUAUCUCUACCAGUCAAGAUCAAGCACCCUGCCACUGUCAGGCUUAAUCCCUCAGCCUGACAAUCAAACUAUAAAUCCGCUGUUAGAAUGAUCAGUCAGGUGAUGCAUAAAUCACUCUCCCCCUCUGUUAGAAUGAGUCAGCUACUACACAACUCAUUCUCCCUCUAUUCUAAAGCCUCCAUUUACCCAGCAUAUCAACCAUCCUCACUCACCAUUAUACAUACUGUAUAUUCUGCAUAUAAAGUACACUUAAUACAAAUAUAAAAUUAGCAUUAAAAGGUCAUAGUGGCCUUUGAUGGGAUACCUCUGUGAUAUGCAAUAAAA